GUUCCAAACGGAACAUCAAAGCAUUUAAAAGACAGAAUGCCUUUGUGACAUCAUCAGUCCCACAUCUAUAUAAGCAGAGAAUCUUCAAAGGAAAACCAUUUCAGUCCUGGACUCUGAACUGAGAACAUCUAUAUAUCGUGAGGAAACACUUCAAAACACCUCUUUCUUAAGACAAAAGACAUAGACACAAAACAGAAACACAAGCACAAGGAAAACACUAUAAAUACUACACUAUACUAACGGUAGUACUAGUACCACCUGUAGUGUCAAAUCUGCCAAUCUGUUUUUCCAAAUGGAAAAUAAGACACAGACAGAGUCAACCUCCAGCCCCUCCAGCAGAGGUGAGAAGAUGGCCUCCUCCCCUUCUCCCUCAACGACCUCCAGCAUAGCUAGCAUUCUCGUCUCAGAGACACUGGAUCAGACCUUCGCGAAUAUCAGCGAGCUGAUGCAGCGUAUCGCACAGUGGGAAGACGAGGAACGCUCAAAGGUUGACGACGAUGAGGACGAGUCCUCAGCUGCGUCUCUCACUCAGCAAAAGAUAGAGAGGCAUUUGCACAAGUUUUUUAACCUGCGGCAAGUUUUUGCAGAGCACAGAGGAAAGACACCGGAAGUCUCAGAGGAAGACCUGGUCCCUGAAAUGGAGCCAACACCAGAACCAUCAGAACAAGAAAGCCAUGAAUGUGCAACUGUCAGUACACAGACAAGCUCAGCUUCUGUCAAGACACAAAAAUCUGCAGGCAGACUUCACAGCAAGAUCUACAACAAAAUGAAGUCCGCAUGGAAGAAACGCUUCAGUAGAAAAUCAAAGAAGAAGUCGACAGCAGAAGAAAAUUUGGACACAGAAGCUGAAAAAGCAGACCUGAGCUCUGUCCCACUGGAAGCAACAAAUGUGGAUGUCCUAUCAGUACAGAUAGUCCCUGAACCAUCCACUACCAGCUCAUCACCAGCUCAUCCUCUGAGCCCAGUCCCACUGGAAUUAGUGGAUGAGGACAUCCCAUCAGAAGAGGAAGAUGUUGUCCCUGAACCAUCCACCACCGUCACUUCACCAGUUCAUCCUCUGAGCCCUGUGACGCUGGAAUCAGUGGAUGAGGAUGUCCUUUCAGAACCAUCCACUAUCAGCUCAUCAACACCAGGACCAUCAGAACAAGAAGGGCAUUAUGAAUGUGCAACCAUUAGUACACAGACAACUUCAGCUUCUGACAAGAAAACAUCUUCACGCAGACUUUACAGCAAGAUCUACAAGACAAUGAAGUCUGCAUGGAGGAAACGCUCCAUUAGAAAAUCAAAGGAAAAGGACCAGCCGACAGCAGAAGAAAAUUUGGACGAGGCCGACGAGUCAGAAAGCUGGGAGUUGAGGUGCACCUCCACAAGUCUUGAGGCAUAUUCUAGUGUCUCCAUGUGUUCCAGUGAGGAUGUCAAGGAUGCAACAAAAGCAGAAUUAAGAUCUACCUCUCUGGAGUUGGUUGAUAGAAACAUUGUCUCAUCUCAACCAGCAGAGCAUUUCAAAGUGGGCUCUUCUGCCAGGGAGGAAGACCAUGACGCAAAUAUGGACUUGCCACCAAUACCCACAGGUCAGUUCAACUUGGGAGCUGAACAAAAUGAAGUUGAUGAAAUUAUCAAGACAGUCAACAGCAUCCUGACAUCCAGCUCUUCAUCUCCUAAAGAGCUGUCUCCCGUGGCUGCAGUUGGCUCUAUUGAGGACACAGAAGCUGAAAAAGCAGUCCUGAGCUCUGUCCCACUGGAAACAGCGAAUGUGGAUGUCCUGUCAGUACAGGAAGAUGUUUCUCCUGAACCAUCCACCACCGUCACUUCACCAGCUCAUCCUCUGAGCCCUGUGACGCUGGAAUCAGUGGAUGAGGAUGUCCUUUCAGAACCAUCCACUAUCAGCUCAUCAACACCAGGACCAUCAGAACAAGAAGGGCAUUAUGAAUGUGCAACCAUUAGUACACAGACAACUUCAGCUUCUGACAAGAAAACAUCUUCACGCAGACUUUACAGCAAGAUCUACAAGACAAUGAAGUCUGCAUGGAGGAAACGCUCCAUUAGAAAAUCAAAGGAAAAGGACCAGCCGACAGCAGAAGAAAAUUUGGACGAGGCCGACGAGUCAGAAAGCUGGGAGUUGAGGUGCACCUCCACAAGUCUUGAGGCAUAUUCUAGUGUCUCCAUGUGUUCCAGUGAGGAUGUCAAGGAUGCAACAAAAGCAGAAUUAAGAUCUACCUCUCUGGAGUUGGUUGAUAGAAACAUUGUCUCAUCUCAACCAGCAGAGCAUUUCAAAGUGGGCUCUUCUGCCAGGGAGGAAGACCAUGACGCAAAUAUGGACUUGCCACCAAUACCCACAGGUCAGUUCAACUUGGGAGCUGAACAAAAUGAAGUUGAUGAAAUUAUCAAGACAGUCAACAGCAUCCUGACAUCCAGCUCUUCAUCUCCUAAAGAGCUGUCUCCCGUGGCUGCAGUUGGCUCUAUUGAGGACACAGAAGCUGAAAAAGCAGUCCUGAGCUCUGUCCCACUGGAAACAGCGAAUGUGGAUGUCCUGUCAGUACAGGAAGAUGUUUCUCCUGAACCAUCCACCACCGUCACUUCACCAGCUCAUCCUCUGAGCCCAGUCCCACUGGAAUUAGUGGAUGAGGACAUCCCAUCAGAAGAGGAAGAUGUUUCUCCUGAACCAUCCACCACCGUCACUUCACCAGCUCAUCCUCUGAGCCCAGUCCCACUGGAAUUAGUGGGUGGCUCACCACCAGCAGAACAUCAUGGAGAGGGGUCCUCUGUCACAGACCAAGAUCGAGUCAUCGACAGGGACUCAGCUCCUCCAGGACAGGACCCUGAGACAUAUUUGGGAGGUUCCCUCGAUGAAAAUGGAGAAGAGACCCAGCGCAAUGGGCUGAAAAAUAUAUUUUACACCAUAAUUAAGGGAUUCUUCAACAACCUUACUGAAAAGGAGCAGAUGGAUUUAAACAGUGGCGUUUAUUACAUGGAUGUGAAAGAGAAGUUGAUUGACCUUGGUGUGGAGGUACUGAGGGUCAUCCUCAAGGCAAUCAUUGACAUUGUUUCAAAAGCCAUCUAUCAGAGUCCCACUUUGUCCCUAACAAGUAAAACAGAGGCAGCUGACCAAAAAUUGCCCUCAAAAAUAUUCAGAGAAAGCUUUGAUAUAACUGAGGAAAAAAUCCAGAAGAUUCUGGACGGUUCCUUUGGCGAGGCCUUCUGUGAUGUGGUUGGUGCAGGCACAUAUGUCAGCAUGACGCCCAAAGUGACAGAGGCCAUUGUGAAAACCAUCACUGAUGAGGUCAUCUCUGUUCUGUCAGAGGCUAUACAGGAAUCAGUGGACAGAGAAUCCUCAAGUGUCUGUGCUACCUGCUGCAAGUUCUCAUGUUGCAAAGCAUGCAGAAAGAUGCUGGCAGGAGUCAUCCAGGCACUGAACUCCACCUUUAAAGCUGCAGGCACUUCCACUUCCAGACUCAAAUCAGACUUACAGAUGGAUUGUGAGAGUAAAGGUAAAAUAUCAACAGAUGCGCAACCCAUCAAAGUCAAAAAGAAGAAGUCCAAGGUGCGCCGCCUCUUUGGCAGACUGCAGAAAAAUAAAGUAGAACCUGUUUCAGAUGAACAAAUACACAAGGUAUUGACAAUCAACAAAUCACCAUCUGGACGCUCACUAUCACCCAAAGGACCCAUUCAUAUCAGGGAUUCACAUCAGGAUCCGGCUGUGUGGACCAAACGCCCCUCUCCACUGAAGGGUGAAGAAAACACCGCCAUCAAAAAGAAGAAAAAGUGUUGUAGCUACUUUGGCAAAAAGGAGACUAAGGUCCAGCCUGUUUCAGAUGAACAAGUGGACGAGGCAAUGACAGCGACUCAGUCAUCAUCUGGACACCCUUCACCACCUCAAGCCACAUCCAGUAAAUUUAACACCCCUCUGGAGUUACUUGAUUACAUUGAAGAUGAGGAUGCUACAUCAGAAGACAGCGGAAAAAUUACAUCUCCACACUCAUCAGCUUGUCUGAAGGAUACGGUCAAGAUCCCAGAUUGCCAAAAGACUGCACCCCUAUCUGAAAGUCAGAUGGAGGUGAAGAGCUUUUCCUUACAUCAAUCUGAUGACCCUGACAACAAUAAGCUUUCAGAUCAGCCUCCAGCUGUGCAGCCCAGAAGACCUUCUCUCCUGAAGAGAAUGAAGCUGUUUUUCAGCCAUCUGAGCUUCCGGAAUAACUAAAGAAUAAUGACUGAUCCCUUCUGUAUCUCCCUUCACUUCCCUCUCUCCCUCCUAUCCCCACCUUCCCUCUUCUGCCUCUCACCCCUUCUCUUCUUCCAAGUUCCCGACAAUUGACUUUUACCUCUCCUUUGUUUACCCCAUACUCUCUAUUCUCUCCCCAACACCCCCCCCCCUCCCCUCCCUUUCUCUUUCUUUGCUCUCUAAUUCCUCUCUCUAUCAUUUAUGAGGGUUUUCUCCGGGUGCUCCGGUUCCCCCACCUUCCAACACGUGUGAUUGUGUUUGCUCAUUUGUAUUAAUAAACAAUAAAAAAAAAAAAAAAAAAAAAAAAA